AUGGCAAGACCAUUAGCAAAAAUAUGUGACAUCAAUGACAGCAAAGAACUUUGGAAAGUUGCUGUUCGUGUGCACCACAAAUGGACAGUUGUUUCGAACAAGAGGGAGCAUUUUGAGAUGAUUUUUGUUGAUGUAUCGGGUGGUGACAUACAUGUUGUUGUUCCUGCACCGCAUGUAUCUCUUUUUUCUGAAAAAAUGGUCUUGGAUCAUAGUUACACUGUUUCCAAUUUUAAGGUUCAGGCUAAUGUUGCGGCUUUCAGACCUUCGUCUCAUAAGUUUAUGUUGAAGUUUACUGCUGGCACUACGGUUACGGAUGAUAACAACGCUGAAAUACCUCAAAAGCCGUUGGUGUUUACUAAAUUUACUGAUAUAAUAAACGGCAACUUUAACAAGGAUGUGCUAAUAGAUGUCAUUGGUAUCAUGGAAAGUAUUGGGUAUUCACAGACCACAUCAGGUGGCCGGAAGCAGCAGAUUAACAUGAUGCUGCGUGACGGGGGUGAGAAUACUAUCAAUUGCACGCUUUGGGAAUCCUAUGCUGAACAAUUCAUGAAGUUCAAGCAGGAGCGCGGAGAUGAUUCGGGUCCUAUUUUUGUCAUGAUUCAAUAUGCUAAAGUCAAGGAACAGGGUUAG